AUGUCCAGCAGGGCACAGUGUGGCUUUUUCAAGGUGGACCUCUUGCCCGGCGAGCGCUACAUCGCUUCCAACCGCUUUAUGGUUCGGGAAGGUUCCGAUGCGGCCUUCGAGCAACGCUGGGCUCAGCGGAAGUCCUCGCUCUUGACCCUUCCGGGUUUUCGAUGGUUCUCUUUGAUGCGAAGGGUUCCAACGGAUGAUCCUACGCCUUACCCUGAUGACUACAGCUACAUCUCCUUCACUAUUUGGGAGACCAAGAAAGACUUCAACUUCUGGAGGAAAGGCCCAGCGUUCAAAGAGGCUCAUGGUGGAGGAGGUAUUCUGGACUUCCUUGGCAUGAUCAUGAGCUCCUUCUUGACGAGCAAGGGACCACCCAAGCCCUUCUUCUGGGAAGGUGUGCUGCCCAUCACCUCCAACGAGAGCCGAGAACGGCUCUUGUCGGGGCCAGGUAGCCGCCCUGAAGCCGACGGCGAAAAGGUCCUUGAGCCUGAGGUCUUUGUGGCGACUACCCGCUUCCAAGUCUUUCAUGAACGGGAACAAGACUUUGAGAAGUUUUGGUCCGAACAUGGGGCAUCCCUGGAGGGCCAGGGAGGCUUUCGCUUCUCUCAGCUCCUAAGACGAGACCAAGCGCCAGACGAUGAUUGCAACUACAUGGGUGUCACAGUGUGGGACGACCGAGAGUCCUUUGAAGCUUGCCUCAUUGUGUGGGUGUUUCACAGCCAUGGGUGUUUGCCAAGCAAGUAUUCUGAACGAUUUUUUCUCCAAAGGCAGUGUUAUCACCUUUUAGGAUGA